AAUGCAAUAUCUUCCGCAUGAUUCACAAGGGGAAUGCAAAUCAGAGGCUGCCCUUUAAUGAAUCAGCUAUGAAGCUACUUGGAAUGGCCUACAUUUAGUUCGGUGAAAUUCACUUGUGAUAUAAAUACGCAGAACUACAUAAAUGCAGCCAUUGAAUUGUAAAGAAUUAUUCUUGAAAUAUCAAAUAUAUAGCAGGUCUUCGUUCUGACCGCAACUUACAUAUAUGCUGCUACUACAUAUAUCAUUCACAUAUGCAUGCAAAUGGUAUGGAAGACUGGUACUGUCAGCUGUCCAUCAUUGGCUAAGAUCGAAACUAAGCCAUUUCGAGUUGAACAAACCCAAUCGCAAUGCUGUCGAAAGCGAGAGGCACGGGUACGUUAACUCCAUAAUCCGACCACUCUGACCACUGUGAUCUAAUGCCGCUGAAAUCGCACAAGGUUGUACUUGUGUACGAACCCGUGUUCAUAUGCAGAUACAUACAUAUUUACAUGUAUAGUACUCGUAUGUGGUCCAAUACAUUCCGAUUACGGUUUCGCUUUCAAAGUCGACUUAAACUUGGCAUUCGGCACCUGUUGCGGUCAGAGCAACACUCGCCUACACUGUCGCACAAAGUUCGGAUAGAAUUGAAGAGAGAGCUGAAAAUGAUUUGUGGUCGCAAAUGCUGUCUGUUCUGCCUGUUCAUGAGCUCCUGGGGCUUCAUAAUGCUGAAUCUGCUGGGCAUUUUCUUCUACGUCCAGUCACUGAUGCUCCUGGAGUCGUUGCCCUUGGAGCACCAGUACAACAGUAUGGAGAGAUUCAAGGAGGAGGCAGACGAGGCCUUCAAAUACGUCUCCACCCGGUGCUUUGUGGCCGCCGUCAUCUAUCUGGGAUUCAUCUUAAUUGCGAUAGUGGCCAUCCGCCGGGAUAACAAGAGGAGGAAGCGUCUCUACAAGCGGGGAGCAAUGCGAACACUUCGUUGAUUUGUGUGCUCCAAUGAUUGGUUACGGAAUAAACUAUAUAUUUUCAUGGUUCCAA